CUCCUAUCUGCUUUCUUCGCGGUUGCACUUGCAGGCAAUGGGUCUUCGACCUACACAUAUCAAAAAUCAGGUUCCAAUGCUUUUCACCUUGACCUUGGACUCAACACAACGGGCAAUGACCUGUACUUCAACAUGUCUGCUCCCUCGACAUACUCGUGGCUCGCCUUUGGCAUCGGAGGCCAGAUGAAGAAUUCGCUCAUGUUCAUUGGAUACCCUAGCUCCAACGGCUCAGUCAGAUUCAGCUCUAUCACUAACGGAAUGUACCAACUCAUGGGCGUGUGUUACAACUGCUCGGCGUGGUCUCUUGGCACAAUGGACACGACAUCCACGGAUCAGCCUUUCAUCUUUGCCCUUGGACCUUCUAGCGAUAAAAUCUCGAGCGACUCGACAUCUGAGAAUAUUGCUCAACACACCUUGUACAACUCCUUCUCGAUUGACAUGACACAAGCCGCUUUCACCGGGUCUAAUACUCCCGCAUUGAACUCUGGUGGUAACUCUGGCUCGGCACAUACUGGCGCGUCCUCUGGCGGAAACAAGGGACAAAGCGAAAAUGUCUAUAACAGAGUGCACGGUAUUCUUAUGGCCAUUGCAUUCGUCAUUCUGUUCCCUCUGGGUGUUCUGGUACUGCGCCUAGGCCACAGCGUUAUUGGCCAUGGUAUCAUCCAAGCCACGGCCUACUGCUUCGUCAUUGUUGGUCUGGGUACUGGAAUCUACUUGUCACCAAGAUUCGGCUAUAUCAUCGGACUUGUCGUCUUCUCACUUCUCGCUGUUCAAGCGCUUGGUGGCCUUAUUCACCACCUUCUCUUCCGCCGCGGCCACAAGACCAUCAUUGGAAAGGUCCACAUGGUUCUCGGUAUUUGCUUGAUGAUUUUGGGUAUCGUCAACGUGCCUUUAGGUCUCAACAUGUCGGGCGACAGCAACUACAACACGGCCUACAUCAUUGUUGUUGCCAUUCUCGGUGCUAUUUACUUGGCACUUCGCUUCUGGGCGCUAUGGAGAAACAGACGGGAGACGAAGAGAGAGGGAAGUGAGAAGGGUGUUCUGAGGAGGGGCUCCAGCAGCGACGAGGCUGCUGUCAUC